GUCAUAGGCCUGUCAGAUGGGUACAAGGAAGGAAGCCCUACGACGAGCCGGGGCGGGCAUGCCACCCGCUCCUCCAGCUAUGUUUCAGAUUUGGCAAGAAAAGGAGGUCCGUUGUGACAUCGGGGUGGAAGAAGUAGGAGAAAACGAGGAAGUAGAGCAGGGAAGGAACGCCGGCACCAUCAAAGAAGAGCCGAUCUUAAUAGAGUCUGAUGAUGAGAUAGAGGAGGAUUGUUGGAAUGAGCCGCGAAAAGCGAAGAUAGGGGAAGAUUGCUGGAGGGAGGCCCGACAAACGAUGGUAAGGAUGGAGGAUUUAGUGGCUAAAGUCGGGAGGUACCAGCAAAAAUUGGCCGAUAUGUGUGAAGAGGUUAAGGAGUGGAGAGGUAAGGAGCCACUGGUGUACCUCUACGAUAUGGGUCCAGGGUCGCAAGGUGGAUCUGAAAACUUACCAGGCGUUACGAUUUUCGGGCCGACGCCUCGGUCCGGCAUGGCUUAUAGGCCCCCCUCCAGAUCAGGGAGGGUACCGCAUGCUGUCAGGAUAAGGGCCAAGGGGCCGGUAAGCCCCGAGGAGCCAGCAAAGGAUGUUCCUGAGCCUAGUGGGGAGAAAGAGAUUGUAGAUGUUCCGGGGAAAGAGGAGGAAGAGGACGACAGAUUGAGAAAGGAAGAGGAUGAGAAGGCCGAGCAACGAGCCAAAAAAAAAGGCGCCAAACCUGAUACGGACAAGGCCUCAGAAGGGAAAAAAAAGAAGUACGUGAUCCGAGUGGAGGAAGGGUUUGACGUGGAGGAGAUAAUGGACAAGAUCCUUGAGGGCCAUAAUCACCUUAUGAACCUAAAGGACGUCCUGGCUUCGGCGCCAAGGCUCAGGGAUGAGCUAAAAGCGCGAUUAUCUAGAAAGAUGGUGGUCAUUGUACAUUUAGGGACCAUAAUCCCUAAAGAGGCAGAAUGGGCAGAGGUUGGUACAAAGAUGGAGUGGAAGUCUGUCGCAUGUGGGUGCCUAGAUGUAGUGGUAGAGGGGAAGACUUGCACGGCGAUGGUGGACAAUGGCGCUGAAAUGAACCUCAUAAAAGAGGAGCAUGCUGUGCGUUUAGGGAUUGAGAUAGAUCGCUCUGAUAAUGGGGUCUUGAUGGGGGCGAACAGUCGGUCACUAUUUAUAGGGACCGCAUCAUCGGUGAUUCUGGAGAUUGGGAAAGUAAAAGGGUGGGCUCAAGCAGGGGUCACAAAGCGGUACAAAAGGGUAGAUCAGAAGUGUCGCCCUGUUCCCGUGCUCGUUGCCGAAGAGCAAGAAGUUUACUACGAGCGGGAACGAGAGUUGAUACGGCAGAUGCGAGAAAAUGCGGAGAAUGGGCCGUGCCGUAUCACUCCUGAAACAGAGAACACACUGACUAUAGAGGAGCCUGGCUUCCUUACGGCGCAAGAGGAGAAGCUUAUGGUGGAAACCAUAAGAGGAAGGCACGCUGCAUAUGCCUUCAGUGAUGAUGAGAGAGGUCGUCUGGACGUGGACAUAAUCCCGACGAUUAGGAUACACACCGUGCCUCACGAGCCAUGGAACUUGCGAGGUGCGCGAUAUCCUAAUCCAAUCGAUGAAGAAAAGGUGGUCUCCCCAACGCUGAUGCGCUUUCAGAGGCCUGCGCUGGGAGAGCCAUAGUAUCUCUCAUAGACUUCUAUUCCGGUUACGACCAAUUUCCCGC